UUCAUAUCAUAUAAGGAUGCCAAGAAGAUUUCGACAGGAUAAUAUUUUAUCAUAAGAAUUAUUGUAAAAAUUAACUCAAUCGAAGUUAGAAAUAAAAAAGAAAAUGGAUCUUUAGAUUAACAUAAAUAAUUUUUAGGAGCCAAAAAAGUAAAAUAAAUUUCCAGGUCCAAAGGAGGAGGAUCUUAAAGUUAUAGAGAUAUAGUAUAAUAAAGUUUCAACUUUCUGGAUUUAAAUAUAGAGGUUUAAGUAAAGGAUUUAAGUUUAAAAAAGUUUAUAGAAGAAAUCAAAAGUACAUAAAAGAAAUCAAACCAUAUCAGUCAUGUUAAUUAAAUAUAGACAAAAAGAAAUAGAACAGAUAGCAAUUCCUUAACUCCAAGAAGAGUAAGAGUAAACGAUUUUAUUAUAAAUGCAAGUGCUUUUUUAAAGGAAAAGUAAUUAGAAAAUCAACUUGACAAGCUCUCUUAUCAAAUAAUAUUAAUAUGAUACUCAUAAAAUUAAAGUAAUAUGAAUUUUACAAUUAGG